CAAAAGCUCUCUCUCUCUCUCUCUCUCUCUCUCUCUCUGUCUGUCUGUCUGUCUUAUCCGAAGAAAAGAGAGGCGUUUCCUUUCGUGUGCAAAGACAAGAGAGCACCGGGAUACCGCAAGGCUCGCGCUCACACACACACACACACACACACACACCUCUGCGGCGGCGGCGGAUUUCUUUGAUUUGUUUCUUGUCUCUUUGACGUAUAAAGAGCGCGAGAUCAGGCUGCACUCGGAACCAGAGGUCUCUCUCUCUAUCUCUCUCUCUCUCUGUCUCUGCUGCGGCGUUAAUGACCUGGAGCGGAAGGAUCUGAAGGACAAAAGGGUGUUCCCGAGAAAAGGAAAAGUGAACGGUCCAUGUUGACAGGUUCGGCAGACGUUCGUCUCGCCUGAACAAGAACCUUUUCCCCGAGGAGGUUUUAUGACGGAAAGUGAGCUCUUAUUCCCCGAAGCGCUAAAAGGGAAUCUCCAUCAUGAACACAGGUAGUGAAAGUCAUUUGUCGGAGUCUGAUGGUUGGCAGUCCCGCAGCAUGAAUGACGGAUUGAGGAACGGCGAUGCGAGCAACUCUACUCUGACAUCUAAAGGUUAUCGGAGUGUUCGUCCCAACCUGCAGGACAAGAGCAGUCCUGUCCCGGUGCCGCUCCCACCCCCUCGGAGAGAGAGCUAUCACAUGACCCCUAACCCUCCACCUUAUAGCUCGCUCGUUAACUCUGCUUCCUACAACAUCAAAUCCAACUCAUCGUCAGCCUACUCGUAUUCCGAGACUGCUCGCUCUACAACCACCAGCUCAGAUAUCUCCCCAGAGGCUAAUGCUAAUGCUAACAGCUUUAUUAGCCAGCUCCUGGAGCGCAAGGUGUCAUCUCUGAAACUUGUUAAUGAAGGAUCUAACUCAGUCAUCGCUAAUGCUAUAACCAGUGCAGAUAUAACCAAUGACGCUAACACCAAUCAGUCUUGGGGUAAUACUAACAUGGCAGAGGUCAUGAACCCUCCUUCAUCUGAUAGUCCUCCAUCUCCACCACCACGUACAUACUCCAAAUCCCCUGCUACACACACAGCCUCUCUCUCCAUUCAGAUAGGUCCUAAAGAUUCAGAAUACCGCCCUGAAUCUGGACUUCAUUCAGGAUUUGGAUCCGAAAAACAGGACGCUGCAGAGCCAAGCCCCAAAGUGCCACCAAGACCAGCGGCCCAUGUGGUGCGUGAUGUAUCCCCACCGAGAGGGACCACCGAUUUUGGAUCUGGGUCAUUAUUUGGCGGUACACGUCAGGACUCACCUGAUAUCGUGUCCGGGCCAAAUGCUUCGUCACGAUCCCUUUCAGCCUUGAGCCACUAUUCAUCGUCAACAGCUGUCCUUGAAGAACUGCAGAUCUGCGCUGUGGACUCACCUGAGGCCACGCCUACCCCUUCCCCCACGCUCAGCCAUGCCUCUGUUUGCCCUGACGAUGUCCCUGCACCCACUGCCUCAGCAACGGCUGCUGAUACUAACGGUCAACUGGCGGUGAAUGGAGGUGCGCAUUCACAGAGGCCAUUCUCUCCUCCUGCGCAACGUCCUCCACCACCAGUCUUUAGUCACGGACUCGAGCAGUUUCAGCACACGAGACACUCAGAAGGUUCAGAGUCAGGACGGAGGAAGGUGCUGUCGGUGGGUGAGACGUCAUUCAGCAGCGUGACUCCAGUGGCUCGCUUCUCAGAGGAAGAAAAGAAAGUUUCAGUAAUCAAAGCGCCUCAUUACGAGGGCAUCGGACCGGUGGAUGAUUCGGGCCUCCCUCUGGCUAUCCGCACAACUGUAGACAGGCCUAAGGAUUGGUACAAGACCAUGUUCAAACAGAUCCAUAUGGUGCAUAAAGCAGAUGAUGACUAUGCAGACACAUACGGUGCUACCUACGCUGUAGUGAAUAACGAGAACUUCGACCCUGUCCAUGCCCACCCACCACCGCGGACACACACGUACCGCCCUCUGUCCCGGAAUUCCAUCGAGCCCAGCAGAGCCCCGCCCCCUCGAGAGCCCAGCCCUGUUCCGCCCCCUCCCCCACCCAUGCCCUCGCUCCUGCAGCUCCGCUCGCAAGACCUCGACCGAGAGAAAGAGCAUCCGCACGAUCCAAACGAAUGGAGUCCACCGGAUCGUAAAGUGGAUACGCGGCGGUAUCGCGCCGAGCCACGUAGCAUCUUCGAGUACGAACCGGGGAAGUCCUCUAUCCUGGAGCACGAGAGGCCGAGUUUUGCUUUAGAAGCAGAUGAGAUAGAUAUAGAGAACGAGCCUUGGUUUAAGUUCUUUUCAGAGCUGGAGUUUGGCCGGCCGCCUCCUAAAAAGAGGCUGGAUUACACGCCUGACUGCUCCACCCACUCCCGCGCCCAGACAUCUCUCUGUCUUUCAUCCUCCGAGCGGCCCGAGAGCACCUCCAGUGACUACAGGAAGAGACGAAAGUCAGAGCCGUUUGUCACUCAGCAGAGCGCAGGAAGUGAGCAGAAUGCUGUUCCAGCCUCUAGACUCGAGCCCUACAAAUCUAACAGUCUGAAGAAACCUGCUGCACGUUCUUCACCUUCCUCUCCAGCAAAAGCAAAAGCUGGAGGCACUUGUGAGUCUCUCUCUCCAUCAGUGAGCUCCCCAGGUAUGGACCACGUGUCCUCACAACUUUCCUCUGACACCCUCUCCCUCUCCACAUCCACCCUGCGCAGCUCCAAGCAAUCUAUCAGCUUCAAAAAUGGUUGGCAGGUGUGCCAGAAGGACAGUGCUGAAACCUGGAGCAGCGUGGACGAUGAGGAAGCAGGCACAUCCUCGCCCUGCCUCAAGUCUCGCAGCUAUGAUGACUUGCUCUCGGACAGUAAUGUCGGAAUAAAUGGCAAUCGCUCAGAAAGUGUCGGAUCUCUGCUUGGUGAAGGUGGAACGCGUCAACAGCAGACACAAGCGAAGAGUCUCAAUUCGUCCCCGAGAGCACGGCGGCAUCAUCGUCGCAAAAUGGCCCAUGAUACCCCAGGAUUCCUGCAGCUUUACAAGACGAUGCAUCACAUUGACAGGGAACAGCUUCUGCCCUCAGAAGUGAUGUGUUCUGUCCGUGCCCGCAUCCUGGAACUUGAGCGACAACAGCAGCAGCAGCGGAAGAGCCUCCAUUCAUGGGCAGCAUUAGGCCAGGAAGUACCACAGAGCAUGGUGCCAAAUCGGAUCUCGGAGUACGAGCAGCUGAUCCAAAAGUCUAAGUCAAUGCCAGACCUUGGUGAAGAUAACACUCCAUCAGGCACCACUACGCCAGGGUCUUCUCGAGCCAGCAGUUGCCCUAAGCGCCGCUUCUCAGUGGAGUCGCUCUUGGAGGAAGAAGAUCUUCCAGAAAGGGCGAGAAGCCCCCCAGAAGGUCAACCGCGACCAGGUCCAGAAGAUCGCAGCCUUGUUCCGGUGGUCAGGCAAAACCAGCAACAGCAACAGGACUGUUCAGACAGCGAGCAGGACGCUUGUGCCUCUGAACUGAGUGAUUUCAUUCAGAUAGAAGGAUCAUCCCUUUGCAGUGAGAGCGACUUAGACCACUGCUCACUAGCAUCGUCUGAUAGCUUUUGCAUUUCUGGACACCAUCACCACCUUCACCACCUUCACCACCACCAUCACCACGGACGCAGUCACCACAGCAGCCACCACCGCCACCAUCUCCACCAGAGUCUAGGCCAGAGUCAAGGCUACCACCACCGCCACCUCAUCAGCUCCUGUAAGGGGCGUUGCCCAGCUUCCUACACUCGCUUCACCACUAUGCUUAAGCAUGAGAGAGCACAGCAAGAGAGCCGCACCACCAUCACGCCUCCACUCGCUCCGCUAUCACCCAGCGAAUCAGGCCUUUCCAAACUGGCCUUUCUGGUCAGCCCGGUGCCUUUCCGCAAGAAGCGGGGUUCUUCACCAACCCAGCGACACCACAGUCGCUCAAGCCAUCACAAAUCAAAGACAGCAAUGUAUGAGGCUUUAGAUGCUGCUCUACAGGACAUUUAUGACCAUUUAAGGUCAGAGAAAGGACUGGGAGCUGCUCGGUUGCCUGAUGACAGCAUUUUGCGUCGGCUACUGCAGGAGCUGCUCCCGGAAGUUCCCGAACGGAGCUCGUCACUGCGGGCUCGGCGGGGGACUUUCUCCCCUUCCUCCUCGCACCACUACCAGCCUUACCACAGUGCCUCCUACCAGCAGCCGCAUCACGCAGAUGCCUCCAACAACAACAACCAGCAUACUAAAGCUAGCUCUAACGAACAUUACUAUUCAGAUCAGGGCUCUGAAGCUGGUCGCCUCACACCUCAGAACAGAAAGCCUACUCCAGAUCGAGAGGGUUCCUCUAAGCAGAUGACAUAUCUUAUAUUAUCUUCUCUUCUCCAUCAGAGACAGUCUGCCAGGGCUAUUUAUGACUUCAGAGCUCAGACCGGCAAAGAGCUGUCUUUUAAGAAGGGUGAUGCAAUCAACAUCGUCAGACAGAUUGACAGCAACUGGUAUGAGGGAGAGCACAGAGGACGCAUUGGAAUAUUCCCUAUUUCAUAUGUUGAGAAGGUCGUGUCUCCUGAGAGGAAGCAGCCGGUGCGUCCUCCUCCUCCAGCCCAGCUUCGGGAGAUCGGAGAGGCCGUGGCUCGGUACAACUUUAACGCCGACACCAACGUGGAGCUUUCGCUCAGGAAGGGAGAAAGAGUCAUCUUGCUAAGGAAAGUGGAUAAGAACUGGUAUGAAGGGAGGAUCCCUGGCUCCAAUAAGCAGGGGAUUUUUCCUGUGUCAUACGUCGAUGUCAUCAAGGGAUCCCCUACUAAAAGUUCAGGUCACCGUAUAGACGCCUACAAAGCGCAGAAGAGGAUGAUGCAGGAUUCACUUCAUGGACCCGGAGAGCCGUUUCAGGUUGUGUAUAACUAUGUGCCCCGAAAUGAAGACGAGUUGGAGCUGCGAGAGGGUGAUGUGGUUGAUGUGGUGGAGAAGUGCGAUGACGGCUGGUUUGUAGGAACGUCUCGGAGGAGCCGGCUGUUUGGAACCUUCCCAGGAAACUAUGUUAAGACUCUUUAAUAAAGACCUACGGCACAAGAAUUGAGGCCCAGUGUGAAACCUCAACCCUAAGUGUGUGUGUGUGUGUGUGUGUGUGUGUGUGUGAGUGAGUGUGUGCAUGUUUUCAUGCAAAAACAGUUUUAGCACUCACUAGCCAUCUCUAGCCAACACUUUGGUUUUCUCCUCCACUGAAGUUUUGCUUCCGUCCUGAAUGAGGAGCUGUGUACUCCGUGCUCCGUAAUAAUAUUCACAUUAUUUAUUAGCCAUAAUAUUUUAUAACAAGCAAUAGGUUAUCUUUUUGAAGAGGGUAACGAGUAGGAGAGAAACUCUGAGAACUGAUUGGUGGAGAGAAACGAUCGACGUCACGCGAAGACGAAAAAAAUGCUAAGUUGAUUUCCUUUCAAAAUAAGACAAAAAAAAAAGAAUCAGUUUAUGAAAUUGUCUUGAUCUGGACUUUGUCAAAUGUAUGUUUUGUUUAAAAAAAAAAAAAUCCUGUCACACCGGGUUUCUUGUCACUUGUGGGUGUGGCCUGUAUGGCUGCUUAUGAAAUGAUGAACGCCAAUUUGUUCUACUGUAUACGGAAACCUUUUAUAACCUUUUUUCAGGACUCUGCUAGGCGUUUGUAUUUGUAUUCCUUAUAACGAUUAAUCAAAUCUGGAUUCUAGGCUAGCUAGGAUGGUGUUGCUAUGGUUACAAUGUGCACAAUUUCUCGUGUGAAUGCAGCGACCUUAGAACGACAUAAUUGUGGAAGAAGUCGCGUUGUGCAGUCCUGCAGAUGCUGAUUUUUCUCAAAAGAUUAUUCGAUCAUGCCUUCUUCAUCCUGCUGCCAUGACCUCUGAACAGCGCCACCUGCAGGACUGGAGCACCGGAGAAGAUGCCAUUUUCUAUCUUUCUUUCUUUCUUCCUUUUUUUUUUCAUGGUAGCAAAGUUGUCUCCACGUUAAGCACCCUGAGGUGUUUAUCAUUAGACGCAGAUAUUUAAACUCAGGAGCAAAUGAGGUUAUUAGUGCACAAGCAAUAACUCUCUGUCCACUGCUGGUCCUGUUGAUGAUGAUAAUGAAAUAUUAAUGUCCAAAACAUGGCAAUCAGUGGGUGUGUAUUAAAUGACCUUAUGGUGCAUUUUGCACGAUGAUGUUGUGAAUUUCUAGACGUAUCUACAGUAUGUUGGUAUGUGUGAAGACACAUUGCCUGAUUUAAAAGGUGAAGAAACAGCUGCAUCGUUAUGGGUUUGUAUACACGAUGAAGGUCGAUGAUGGUCCGUGCCACAUUUUACUUUUUUUUUUUUUUUCUCACUUUGUAAGAACACAAGCUAACCGGAUGUUUUAUAUUAUUUUUUUAUUUCUUUGGCACCAGGGCUCAGAUAGAUUAGUUAUAGUUGUUAUAGAUGUUCGGUGUUCAGAGUGAUGACUGUAGCUGCACCUUACAUACAUGAGUUCAAUGUUUGUUUGUUUGUUUGUUUGUUUGUUUUUCAAAAACCUCACAUGAAUUUUUUUUUUUGUAUAACAGAAUUCACUUGCUUUAUAAAGUCACUUUGCUCACACA